AACAAACGCAGACGCGGAAGACGAUAAUCUUAUUUCUCUUUACAUGUCUCUCGGAGCUGACGCCUAAGAGUGCACUCCCACACCAUGGCGCUGUGGGCAGAGAUGACCCAACGGCUACAGUAUCUGCCUACUCAGACCCUCAAUGAGCUGUACCCUGCUUCUUUUCCAAUGGAUGUUCGGCACUAUCUGGCCAACUGGAUCGAAGAACAGAGAUGGGAGGGCUUUGACUUGGAGAGCAUGGAGCAGGAGACUCAGGCACGUCGGCUCCUCGAGCAGCUGGUCAGCCUUCUGCAGGAACUGGCCCAGCAUAACCCUAACGUGGUAGAAAAGGUCAAGCUGCAGCAGAUCAGCAGACACAUGAGCAUGUUCCAAGCUCAGCCGUUACAGUUGGUGAAGACAGUCAGAGACAUUCUGCGGAAGGAGAGGAUUCUGCUCGGCCAGGCAGUUGGUCCCUUACCCUCGCCCCAGUUUUCGUGCCCUCCGGCGACUAAUGGCACCAAACAGCAGGUCAGAGAGGAGAGCAAUCGAGAUGUGGACAACCUGGUGAUUAAAGUGCUGGAGAUUCAGAAUUGCAGGCAAAACAUCCACCAGCUGCAGGAAGAGCUGAACUGGGAGAGGCAGGACACUGAAUCUGUGCAAGGUGCCAAUGAAAUGGAGGGUAAGCUGUCAGAGAGACAGAAACGCAUACAACAGCUCGAGUAUAAUUUCCAAGUUUACGCCAAGAGGCGGGUACAGCUGCUACAGGACGCUGUGUGCAGUCUGGAGCAGUGCCAAUCUCGACUUAUCCAUCGGAUCAAGACCUGGAGGUGGGAACAGCAUCAGGCCACUAUUGGGAUGCCCUUUGACGACAACCUCAACCCCCUCCAAACAUGGUGUGAGCAGCUGGUAGGAGUGAAUGGUAAGCUUAGGCAGGAGAUUAUGUUGGUGGGCAGAGACUAUGGUGAGGCAGAGGAACUGCAGGAGCUGCAGGACAGACUGAGGCUGCUCCUGCAGACUCUCAUUCAAAGCUCAUUGAUGGUGGAGAAGCAACCUCCACAGGUCAUCAAAACCCAGUCUAAGUUUUCCUCCACGGUGCGUUACCUCCUGGGCGAGAAGGUCGCUCCAGGGAAGCCUGUCUUACUGAAGGCCCAGAUCAUCACUGAAGCUCAGGCCAGAAACCUGGGGCAACCAGGGGCCAUUCCUACGGAAAACGUUGGAGAUCUGAUCAAUAGCACAGCCAUCUUAGAGCACAACACGGCCAGUAAGAGCACCUGUGCGACAUUCAGGAACAUGUCAAUAAGGAAGAUCAAAAGAGCUGACAGGAAAGGGUCUGAGUCAGUUACAGAGGAGAAGUUUGCUCUCCUUUUUUCCACAGAAAUCACUAUUACAGGCUGUGAAAGUUCCUAUAGCAUACAGAUUAUCUCUCUUCCUGUGGUUGUCAUUGUUCAUGGAAGUCAGGAAAACAAUGCCAUGGCAACCAUUAUAUGGGACUGUGCAUUCUCUGAACCGAACAGAAUCCCGUUCGUGGUGCCAGAACGUGUGCCUUGGAAACAGAUGUGUGUCACACUGAGCAGUAAGUUCAUGGCUGAGGUGCAGACUCAAAGGGGUCUGGACGGUUAUAACUUGCACUUCCUCGCCCAGAAGAUUUUUGAUCAGCCCGACAUCUCAGAGGAUUUCAGCAACAUGCCCGUUUCUUGGGCCCAGUUUAACAAGGAAGUUUUGCCUGGUCGAAACUUUACUUUCUGGCAGUGGUUUGAUGGAGUGAUGGAGCUGACCAAGAAGUACCUGAAGACUUACUGGAGCGAUGGACUUAUAUUCGGCUUUAUUGGAAAGCAGCAGCUACACGUUAUCCUGCAAAACCGGCCUAACGGCACCUUUCUGCUACGCUUCAGUGACUCUGAGAUUGGGGGUAUCACCAUUGCCUACGUUGGCCCGACGGAAAAUGGAGGCAGGAGAAUCCAGAACAUUCAGCCAUUCACCAAGAAAGAUCUCGAGUUCCGUUGCUUGGGCGACCGUAUCCGAGACAUCGACUGCAUCACGCAUGUGUUUCCUGACAGGCCAAAGGAUGAAGCAUUUGGAAAAUACUACACAGUUUGCACAGGACCGUCUACCCAGUCUAACGGAUAUCUUCCUUUCACUGUCACCACCAAAGUCACCCAGGAACGUGGCUCCCCCACCACCAGUUUAACACCACGCAGUGACACACCCCAAGACCCUAAGUGUAUGCCUGCUCCGAUGUAUUCAACAAGCAUGGAGCCUGACCGCAAUGUGAACUUUUUCCCACAGCAGCCAUUUCCUCCUGCCUACCCCGCAGACCCAAUGGUGCCUCAGCUCCCCAUGCCCUUCUACCCCACCAGUCUCUUCCCUGACUCAGAGAUGAAUCCAAAUCAACCCGCUCCGGCCCCUGGCACAGAAUCAAUGGAAUUAGAGGAUAUUCUCAGUACAUUUACGGAAUGACACUCCAAAUCUACGGAAUGCUACAAUACUAUGAAAGACUGCAGGUGUUCCGCUGUUCCACACAGGAGCCCUCACACACGAGAAUGAAAAAGGUGGAUUAUGUGGACCGUAGAGGAACACAGAGGCUAAGCAUUAUGCGUGUACACAAAAACCAUUCCACACCGUUUGUUCUGUUUUUUUUCUUCUGUGUUUUUCGUCUUUGUGUUAUAAAAUUAGACAAGAGAUCAGGCAAGCCACAAACACAGUUCACCUUGGCAUCAGGGAUUUCCAAAUCCACCAACACACUAAGGAUACGCAGCAUGGUGCUGUCCGUUCCAUUCAGCAGCACUUCACCUGAUCUUUGAAAGUGGGUUUCCGGAACAUUCGGGCAAAUCCUGAGCAUGCUGAUAGAC